AUGGCUCCCGGGAGCAUUGCCUCCAGUGACACCUCAACCUCCUCCGCAUCCUUGACCUCCACAGCGGGGUCAUCUGGGUUGUCUGACUCUGAAAAGCCAGGCCCGAGCCGUAGUGGCGUCCGAGGGCCACGCCGUCACCCUCCUGUGCUGCGCAUGGUUCUGGAGGCGCUGCAGGCCGGAGAGCAGCGCCGGGGCACCUCGGUGGCGGCCAUCAAGGUUUUCAUCCUGCAGAAGUACCCGACGGUGGACGUCCUACGGCUCAAGUACCUGCUGAAGCAGGCCCUGGCCACCGGCAUGCACCGCGGCCUCCUGGUCAGGCCCGCCAACUCCAAGGCCAGGGGGGCCACUGGCAGCUUCAAAUUAGUUCCCAAGCACAAAAGAAAAGUCCAACCCAGGAAGACCUCCACCAUGACAGCCACCAGGAGACCCGGUGAGGCCAAGGAGAAGGGUCACAAGAAACCAAGGGAGGCAAAGAAGGACACCCCCAACUCGGGCGAGAUGAAAAAGGGACUCAGGAAGGCAAGAGAGGCGAUGAUGGGUCCUACCAAACCAGCCAAGGAGAAGGCUCCCAAGAAGGGCAGCCAGACCAAAGACCAGGAGGCAAAACUGAGUGAGGCCAAGAAGGCCUCCCAACAGCCAGACAAGGCUACACAGGCCCUUCCCAGCGCCACUGGCCCGAGAGGAAAGUCAAAGGUCACAGGCAGAAGGAGCAACCAAGAUGGCGAGGCCCACGGGAAAAUGAAAGCUGGGAGCUGGAGUUCAAAAUCCACGGUCCCCCAGGACAAGAAUACUGCUGCGCCAUCGGCCAAAAAGAAAGAAAACAAGGUCCUGAAGGAAGUUGUGGCCCGUGGGGCCAAGGCUGCUGCUCUUCCUGGGGCCGGUGGGUCUAAGACCGCGUCCGCACCCCUGGUCAGGAGGACAGAGGCCCCCAAGGGCCCUAGAAGGCCGGGCAUGCCCACCAAGGCCUCGUCGUCCAAAUUGGCCAGUAAGAAAACAGAAGCUGAAAGCUAG